UGUUUCAAGCGGUGCAGUGUUUGACGCGCAGUCGAAGGAGGCUAGUCAAAGGGAGUAGUAGAGGCGUACGGUGGGUCGCGCGACGUUGGUGAAUUAAACGAUAUAAUGUGAGUAGUGAUAAAUUAGUAUAAUAUGGUGCAUAAUAACCGAAUUGUAAUCGGAAUCGUAAACGCGCGCGGUAAUGUGAGCAAAAAGUAAAAGGCGAGAAGAAAAAAGUGCAGUGACUCGACAUUUGAUUGGUGGUGCACACAGAGCGGGGCCCUUCGUGUACACAUCCAUGUACUUACGUAUAUACACAUGCUCAUAUACAAAAGGCUCACACGACAACCCUUUCUCUUUGUUUCUCUUUCGCUCUCUCCUCUCCGUCUGACGUUCUUUCUGCAUUCCUGCAGUAGCUUGCACGUAGUUGCAUUUUUUUUUCUUUUUCCCUCGUUUUACUUGCAAUUUACGACCGCACCCCCUUCGAUUCGGUAUCCGCCACGUUCUGUACUUUCCUAGUUUAUUUAGAAACGGUAGUUGUCUUAUCAUUUACCCGGCUUGCUUACUGGAAUUCGAUCGCGUACUGCUACAAUCGUAAUUUGUACAAUCUCUUUCCAUGCGUACAGAGAAAAGACAAAGAGAAUCAACUUUUAUGAUCCGUUCGGUAUUCUAAAUGAACGUACAACAUAAUCCGUAGUCUCUAUGUUUUACUUUCUGUAACUUGCAAAACGUUCGAUCAAUUCCAAAUGUUUGCGUUUGUAGGAUCGAAUUGGUAUCUUUCUUUGUUUACUUUCGCAGUGCCGCGACCGGAGGGUACGUACGUGAUGCAUUAUUAAACAACAUAACUUGAUCGUGUUUGCAAUACGUAGGAGUAGACACAUAACUACGCAAUGAAACUAGCCGCAUUAUCGUAGGUGUUUUAGGUUACGAUAAAUAUCAGUACGGAACGGGAAUCUUGUAAUCGCUUAUCUGUCAGCUGACGACGAGUCAGCCAUGUCGUGUUACCUCGCGAUCAUUUCCGUGUGCGUCUGUCAUGGAAGUUUUGAAUCAUCUUUUCACGUACGAUCUCUCUAACGCCGAUUGCUAAAGAUCAAGAACAGAUUCCGCUUCCGGAAACCGCAUUAUGCUGUGAUGACAGACUGACAGUAUCAGAAUCAAAUCAAAUAGCAAGCAGAGAUUCAUAAAAAAAAAAAAUAUGGAUCACCAACAACCAGGUCGAAAGCAGACGAUGAAUCUGUCGGAGAUGGCGAUAGCCAACGACAUGUUCGAUCAAUUUUGCAAUGCGACCACUUUAAAGUCGAUACUAGGACACUUCAGGGACCUCUGCGAGAUACUGAAAAUCAGGCCAAACACGAUCGCUCAAUUCUACCCGAAAUUGAAAGCGAAGCUUCGUACCUGGAAGGCUCAAGCUCUAUGGAAGAAAUUCGAUCAAAGAGCCAAUCACAAGUGCUACAACCGUGGAAAGGCAUGCCCCAAUACAAGGGUAUUGAUCAUCGGGGGAGGACCUUGCGGGCUUCGUUCGGCGAUAGAAGCGCAAUUGUUAGGAGCGAAAGUCGUGGUGGUUGAAAAACGAGAUCGAAUGUCCAGGAACAACGUUCUUCAUCUUUGGCCGUUCGUUAUUCAAGACCUCCGUGGAUUGGGAGCGAAGAAAUUCUUCGGAAAGUUUUGCGCUGGCUCCAUCGAUCACAUCAGCAUCCGGCAACUUCAGUGCAUCUUGCUAAAAGUCGCUUUGAUCCUUGGCGUUGAGUUCCAUGAAAGUGUAAGCUUCGAUUCUUUGAUACCACCGCCGGAGAACCAGGAAGAAGGCAAAAUUGGCUGGAGAGCAAAAACGACACCGUCCGAUCAUCCAGUCUCUCAGUACGAAUUCGACGUAUUAAUCGGUGCUGACGGUAAAAGGAACACCCUGGAAGGUUUCAAGCGCAAGGAAUUUCGAGGUAAACUGGCUAUCGCUAUAACGGCGAAUUUCAUAAACAAGCGAACCGAGGCAGAGGCACGGGUGGAAGAGAUCAGCGGAGUGGCCUUUAUCUUCAAUCAGAAGUUCUUCAAAGAAUUGUACCUGGAGACUGGUAUCGAUCUGGAAAACAUUGUGUACUACAAGGAUGAUACUCAUUAUUUUGUCAUGACUGCCAAGAAACACAGUCUCAUAGAUAAAGGAGUGAUUCUGCAGGAUCACGCAGACACGGCAAAAUUGCUCGCAAAAGAGAAUGUAGAUCGCGAGGCAUUGAUGCAUUAUGCUCGAGAGGCGGCUGAAUUCUCCACCGAAUACCAAAUGAUGGAUAUGGAAUUCGCAGUGAACCAUUAUGGCCAACCGGACGUAGCUAUGUUCGAUUUCACGUCAAUGUACGCGGCGGAGAAUGCUAGCCGAGUUUUGGAACGACGGGGUCACAGAUUACUUAUGAUCCUGGUUGGCGACAGCUUGCUCGAGCCGUUUUGGCCAACAGGAUCUGGUUGCGCGAGGGGAUUCUUAAGCUCUUUGGAUGCUUGUUGGGCGAUUAAAGGAUGGGGCGCCUCAGUAUCACCAUUGGAAGUGAUUGCAGAACGAGAAUCCAUUUAUAGGCUACUCGGGCAAACCACUCCUGAGAAUCUGAAUAGAGAUUACGCAGCAUACACUUUAGAUCCUCAUACGAGGUAUCCUAAUUUAAACGUAUCUUCCGUGACGCCGAUACAAGUUCGAAGUCUCCUAGACACAGAUGACCCGGACAGCAUUAAACAGCCUCCCGUGCAAUCCGACAUCGACAUACCUAAAAAACGACGUCGUCGUGAUCUCCGUGGAGAUACACAAGUGCAUCCGGACACGCUGCUUCGUUGGUUGCAAAAACAAGUCGCGCUUUACGACUCGAUUCAAAUCGAAGACAUGGGUGCCUCCUUUAAGAGCGGUCUGGCUAUUUGUGCGAUCAUUCACAGAUACUGUCCAGAUUUAAUAGAUUUUCACAGUUUAAACCCAAACGAUCCUAUAACGAACAACCAGCUGGCCUUUGAUAUUUUAGAGAAAGAACUGGGCAUACCUCCGAUAAUGACAGGAGAGGAAAUGGCUCAAUGCGACGUUCCCGAUAAACUCGCCAUGUUUUCCUACCUCACACAGAUAUACGAAGUUUUCCGCGGUGAAAUACCAUACAUAAAACAUCCGAAAUUAGAACCUGAAAACGAUGAAAGGCCGACGCAUAGUAAGCAAUUGAGCCAAUUAACACCUGACCAAAAGGUUCAGUUAAUUGACCGUAUCGUCAGGCAGGAUAGCGGUACAAGAACGAGACACUCACGAUCGCGACAUAACGAAAAUAUGAACCCAGCGGAUAAAAAGAGCGACACGAUUAGCCGACGUUCUCGAAAAAGAAGAAGCACGGAGAAGAUGGGCGCGACGGUGGAGGAAAGACAGAAGAGACUCGCGGACAUAGAGAAAAAUCGUGCUGAACGUAUGAGAAGACGGCAAUAUUUGCGAUACAUGGCGACGCAGCAAUUCUACAAAAGUAUGCAGAUGCUUCAAGCAAAUGCUAAACGCGAGAAAGACGAGCCAUUCGAAGAUUAUUCGAUAUUCUUAUACCGGCAGACAGCACCGGAUUUCAAGGAUAGAGUGAAAUACCUUGAACAGAAAAUAUUGUACCCAGAUAGAGAACCCAAGAUACAUGCUGGUCAUCGUAGAAACAGUAUAGAUGAAGAAUUCUCUGGCAGAAUAAAAAGCAUCGAGGAUAAGCUGAAAGGAUCUACUCCGUCUGAAAAGAAGCCUAGAGAUCUUCUACGUGCCAUUGGUAAAAUUGAGAAGACCGACUGGAAUGUGAAGGAGAUCGAGAAGAAAAUUGAAGAGAAUAAAAUGGGUCGUUCGGUUCGACACGAAAAAAUGGAAAGGGUACCGAAGUGGAGUCGAGAGCAGAUAUCUAUAUGCUUCAUUCAGUUUUUAGCUCGACAAAUCAAGAUGGAGAAGAAGGGACGGGAUCAGAAGGAGUCAGAUAGUAAGUACGCUGAUAUUGACAGUACCCUGAAGAAUAUUGACAGGAAGAUCAAAGAGGGUAAUGUCCUUGGUCACAAUAAAGUCUCGGCUAUGGCCGAGCAGUUUUCGAAUAAAAGUCAGGACGCGGAGCCCAAGGUGCAGAAAUCGAAUACUAAACCCACGAUAACAUUACCCGCGCAAGGAGGUUCAGAGAUGUGUCAUUUCUGCAACAAGAGGGUUUAUUUGAUGGAGAGACUUAGCGCUGAAGGGAAAUUUUUCCAUCGUGGUUGUUUCCGUUGUGAAUAUUGUUCUACCUCAUUAAGAAUAGGAAAUCAUACGUUUGAUCGGGAGAAGAAUGGCGGAAGAUUUUACUGUACGCAACACUUUGGUUUCUCAGGAACAUUGAAAGCUCGUGCUGAGAAGAAGAGAAUUGCAUCAGUGAACAAAGAGAACAUACCUAAUUCCCCUGUAAAUAUAAAAACACCUGAAAAAGCGAAAGCACCUCUGGAAGGCGUUGUCGGUCUAGAUUUACUUGAUCGCGGUCAGACACCUGAAAGAAUAGAAUUUGAAAACUUGGCAGAAAUGUCAGAUGCUGAAGAACCUCAAAGUCAAAUAGACGAAGAUGUAUGGACAGAUAGAAAUUUCGGUGCUUCUACUGCUGAGAUGGGCUCUAGUGAUGAUAUCUCAGACAUGAGUGACUCGGAUGACGAUAAUGAAGUAUACGAAGAAGCAAUAGACCAACCACUGACAACUGAAGGGACUCUUGAACUUGCUAAAAAUUGGACGUUAAGAUAUUCUCAUCCUCAUGCUACUUUGGGUCAGUCUGAUACUGGAAGCAACGAGUAUGAAGAUUCCAGUGACGAAUAUACUAACGAAGACGACGAAAGUACGACUGCCACAGAAGAUGAAGAUGACAUACGUGCUCGGGAGCUGAGAAAGCAAGAAGUCUGGCUGAAGAAUCCUACGCGCAGCUCCGACACGGACAGCGGUUCGGAAACGGAGGUUGCCUCCAACGAAGGUACAUCAGAUGAGAGCGAGGAGAACUCGGCCACGGAGAUAUCAACCGAUUCUGAAUUUGAACACGAUGGUGCCACUCCUACUCUCCAUAAGAUCCCAGAAAUCACAAUCAACGACUCGUACAUUCGAAAAACCAGGGGAAAUUACGUAGAGCCAAAGAAAGUUCAAGUGAAGAGCAAAGUUAUAUCGUCGGUUAAUGGAAACCUUAAGCAAGAUAAGGAUCCCGAUGAGAAAUUACAGAUGAAAGCGGAUCAUAGCAAACACCCUCCUCGCGCAGGGAAAGAAAGUACCUUGAACGAACAAGAAAGCAAUAAUACAAAUAGAGUUCCUUUAAUGAAUCCACGUAAAGGAGAUUAUCUAUUGAAUCGCACUCAUUCGACGGAAGGUAUCGCGUCCAAGUUAUCUUUAGAAUUAAAGAAGAAGUAUUUACUGGGUGGCUCUGCUUUCGGUGGCUCCGUUAUGAAAUCAGGAUCAGCUUCAAAUGUAGAUACUCAACUGAGGAAUCUAACCGAUGCCAUUUCUCAGCAUCAGAAACUCUUGAAUCCUGCGCCAGAACCAAGUCCUACGAUGCAAGCAUUUCUGCAAGGAACCAGUAAACUGCGAUCAAGCAACGCCCAAUUGUCCCCGAUAUCACCCACAGCGAUCUUCUCUUCUUCUCCUGUAAAAUCUUACUCCGCGAAUCGUUCAUCCCAGAAUUUAUUGAACAAUGAUAAUCCAAUGUACAAAGCAACGAUUCUGCCUGAAAUGUCGAAAACCCAGUUGCCGGAUUUAGUCAAAGAGUCGAGUAUUCUAAAGUCAAAGACUGCGCCCAACAUUGUCUGCGGCGAAUCGAAAAGCACGGCGAGUAAAGAAUUAACAAAGGAACAGGUGUCGUCUAGUCAAACGGCCACGAUGGUCAACAGCACCCAAACGAUGGAAAAUGUAAAGAACUCUCAGAACGUGGAUACUAAUGAAAGCAAUGGUUUUCGGCCAAGAAGUCCUCUGCACGAGACCUCCAUCAUUGUGCCACAGGUUGAUUGGAACAAAAGGAAGGCAGAAGCCAAGGAGACAGUUAGCAGCGAAGACUCGGAGAUAGACAGCGAUUCCUUGUCUUCCACCGAUGGCGAAGCUGAAGAAGGUGCACAGAAUCAACAGUUGUCUGCUGUAAAUUUGUCCCCGCCACGAUUACAGAUUCACAGUACAGAUGGGGAUCUAUUAUUGGACGAACAGGCUGACAGGUAUAAGGACUUUGACGAUGCCCAAUCCUUCGAACCAGACUCCAUAGAAUGUCCGUUUCUACGAGACGAAGAGACGAACGAUAACAUAAUCACGUCUGCUGAUCCGGUGAGCAGUAUGAACAAAACAUCAAUGGAACUGGAAAUAGUGAAAAAUGAAAUCGAACACUUGGAAUUGCAGGACGAUAAUAAGAAGAGUAUCAGCAACUGCAGCACCCCAACGUCUGUAGCUUCUACUGUAUCGAAUAAACAGGAUGAUUCCGAAGAGAACGACGUGACCACUGCUGCUUUCACUGAAACUGAAUUCUCAGAAUGGGCUCGCGACGGAGAGGUACUUGUCUCGGACGACUUGCGAGACGUCGAAUUUAAUAUAAAUCCGGAAUUCAUAACCACUAGAAGAAACGGUACGUUGUUAGGGAAAACGAGAAAUUCAAGCAUCACCAUAGCGAAAGAGGAAGAUCUGACGGACAUGGAGCUAGAUCCUAUGAAGUAUAACAGGAAGCUGGAGAUUCCUGUUAACGACACCUCGAAGCUUCUAGCUAACGGUGAGAAUAUUGAUUUCAUGGAUACAGACAAUGAUUCUUUGUUAGACGAUAGCCUGCAAGACGCUUCUAACAUGGUUAUACUUAAGAAUAGAGGAUACGUGGAGUUUGUGAACAUCAAGAGCGCUCCGACCUCUUCGAGUUCCCAAGAGAGAUUGAUUACCGACGCUCCGAUAGCACAAUUGGACGCAGAGAACGAUUCGUGUUCCGAGGAAGAAGCUUACAACGAUAGGAACGUGAUAGAAAUUAAUCCUGUUACUAUGGACGACGUUAUGAAUAAAUUAAACGGUACUGUAACGAAGACGGAAAAUGAAAUUGUGGAAAAGGCAGAUGCGAAAGAGAAUUCUGUUCAACACGAUCAACCUCCUGUGGAAGCUGUAAAUAAAGAACUGUUCCAGUCGAUGGAGGAGGAUAGUUUGCUGAUCGUUGAACCGGCUGAAGAUACAACCACCAGUGAAGUAAUCACGAUCCUUGCCAGUCCGGUGAAUCCACAAGUUUCUAUUGUUCCAACUCAGAUUCAAGAGGCCAGUCAGGAAGAAGAACCGAAAACUGCGGCCGAUUCAAGCAACCCGGACUAUCUGGAAUAUGUUAAACGAUUGCAGUCUAGAAUCGCAGAAUUUAGUAAUGCCAAAGACUCCAUUGAUGUGAGGAAAUCGAAGAGGAAGAACUCGAAGAGUUCUAUACAAACGCGUACUGCUGAAAUGAUAGCAGAAGAAAUCAAGAGUCAAGAUGCCAUCAUAAACAACAGCUUCAAUUCACCAGCUACCUCGAGAAAAUUGGAAGAAAUUACGAGAGAAAGGUCUAAACAAAAGAACGUUAUACAAGACUUAUUGAUGGAUAAAGUAGAAGCUCAUAAGCAGAAGUCUGCGGAGAAGAAAGCAAGAAGGGCCGCUAGAGCGUCUUCAUUUACAUCUACUCCUGUUUUAUCACCGAUAAGGCCACCUGUUUCUAAUACUUCGUUGGUUAACAAAUUCACACCUACGUCCAUAGUAACACCUGAAAACAGUCCUCUGCGAACUACUUUUGCAGAUGCCAAAAAGUGUCUGGAAACUGAAGAGACACAGCGAAGAGAAGAAGAAAUAAACGAAGGGAGCAAGAAGAAUGAAAUUCAAUCUUCUGAGAAUGCUUCGUUGACCGAGGCAAAUAACGAGGCAGAAAACAAUUUCAAGACACCAGUUGCUCCGCCGAGAUUGAAACAUGAAGAGGUAAGAAGGACAGCAGAAAAGGCGAGACAAGAUGCCAGAGAAAGAGCCAGGUUGAAAAGCGACGAGGACCUGGGUCUCAGCCCUGAGGACAAGAUAAAAGAAUUGAGGAUGAAAGUUGCACGAAGGCAGCUUUCAAUGGAAGAGAGGAAAAGCAAAGAGGAAACACAGCCUGAACCUCGUAUGAGACUUUAUAGCUCUGGGGAAAAUAAGACUGGAUUAAAGUUGCAGACAAGUAAAAGUACAGAUAACAUGAAGGCUGUAGUGGAGGCAGUAAAUUUCAGUGGUCUAUCUACAGCUAACACAAAGUCAAUGGAUGAACUUCUACGUACCAGUGGUUCUCCAAAAUCCAAUACCUCUAUCACCGUUGUGAAAAGAGAUAAGAAGCAGAAAACAAAGGAUCCGGAAAGAAGAAAGAGCAUUAUUCAAGCAGUUUCAGACUUCUUCUUUAAGAAGGAAUCAUCACCUUCACCGUCCAAUCAGAAAGACAAGUUAUCUAUGUUCCGUCUGUCAUCAAAAUCAAAAGGCAAAUUAUAUAAAUCGUAUUCGGAAGGGUCAGAUCUUGAUAAAAUUGUACCACCAAAGACUAACACGAGACCAAAAAGUGUCUGCGAGGGUAUGCUCACUAGAAACUUCCUGAACGAAAAUGCACCUCCAAUUCCACCGCCGCCCCUUAAUUAUACUAUUCCCACUACACAUGUAUCAGAUGACAGUUUAUCAGAAGAUGAUACAAAAACAACUGCAGUGUCAACAUCUUGCAUGCAUAAAGCUACAGUAACUGAAGGUUCAUGCAAUAGCAUUUCACGUAAAACAAAAACUACAAAACGAAUAGCUAGACAAGCACAAUUAAAAAGAUUACGUAUGGCUCAAGAGAUACAAAGAAAAUUAGAAGAAACGGAAGUUAAGCAAAGAGAAUUAGAAAGCAGAGGUGUUAGCGUUGAAAAGGCUCUCCGUGGAGAAGGCGAAUGCUCCGAUCGAGAAGAAGCAGAUUUGCUUAGAGAGUGGUUUGAUCUUAUGAAAGAACGCACAGAACUGCGUAGAUAUGAAAAGGAACUUUUAGUUAGAGCUCAGGAAGUUCAACUUGAAGAUCGUCAUGAAAGAUUGCAGCAGGAAUUGAGAGAACGCUUAGCUGAUGAUGAUAACAAAAAGACCAGUGAUGACGUGAAAAAGGAAGGGGAAAUUUUAACUGAAAUGCUGGAAAUAGUCGCGAAGCGAGAUUCACUCAUUGCCCUUUUAGAAGAAGAGCGACAAAGGUAUCAAGAUGAAGAUCGUGACCUUGAAGCUCAAAUGUUGGCUAAAGGCCUCAGAUUAACACCAAUUAAAAAAUGUGGUCCUAAAUAUUCGGUUUAAUAGGAAUCCACAGCCUUUGUACAUAUGCUCCAUCCUAUAUUUUCAUUAAUCAAUUUUAAUAUACCAUUAAAUUAAUUAUACUGUAAAUAAGAAACAGAUCUUAUACGAAAUCAAGUUACAUAAAUCAAAUUUUAUGUUUCAUACAAUUUUUACAAUAUGCUGAAUCAUGAAUUGAAUUAUAGGUCAUUCACUACUAGAUUUUUUGUGAACAAGAUCAACUGCUUAAUUUUACACCUGUGACUUUUAUAAAUCGUAUUUAUUUAAAUCUAUAAACGUUAUUUAUAUAUGGUUUUAAUAUUUGUUUAUUUACAGUAUAACAUCUUUAUGUAUCAUAUAUCAUGAACUUUUUUUAAAUAGUCAAAUUGCAAGGAAUUGUAAUAUAAAUGACCUCAGUCCUCGAUGCUUAAUGUUUAAGAUAAGUUAAAUCAUGAAUAAUAUCACGAUUAAUAAUAUUUAUAUAAUUAUAUAGAUUCUUGCACAUAUAUUGUGCAUUCUGUACAGAAAUACAAUGUGACAUAUGGAUUUGAAAAAAAAAUUUAUGAAUACGUAUAUAUUUUGUCACUGCAAAUAUAAACCAUAAUUAUGAAAUAAGUUAUCACAAAGAACAUUCUGCCUUUAUAUAUAAACCAAUCAAACUGUAAUACAUACGAGGACUUAUUGCAAACAUAAAAUGUUGUAUUUUGUAAAUUUAGUAGAGUAUCAGACAAGAAAUAAUAUCUUUUUCAUUACAAUAUUGCAGUGUUUCCUCAUUGCAAUAAUAAAUGAUGUUAGGAUAGAUAUACAUGAUAUGUAUAUUCUCUCAUUAAAUAAAAUGUAUAAAUCUAUUUUUAUGUUUACAAAGAGACUGGUAAACAAACUGUAUGAAGAAUUAUAACAUUUUAAUAAGUCAUAACAAUGUAAAAUUUUAUAUGAAAUACAAGGAAAAUUAGAAAACGAUAUUACAUUUGAAAUUAGAAAAUUUGAAAUUAUUCCCUUGCUACAUGUUCAAUACAUAACAUUUUACAGUAACAGUUGUGUACAUCGAAACAAGCUGCCAAUUUUUAGGCUUAAAUGUUAGCUACAUAAACAGUUAAUUAAAUGUAAAAAUACAAUAACAAUUACAUGAAUAGCAAAGUAAUAUACUUCUCUGUAAAUCUUCAUAUAUGUAAUUAUAAAACAUAAGUAGGUAAUAUAAUAUUUUAAUCAUCAUUGCCAUUUAAAUAAGGACAUGAAUGAAUGUUAAUAAAUUAUUUUUAUGCUUUA